UCGAAAAGAAAAAACAAGAAAGAAGCGAUGCGCUAAACACAAAACCCUGGCAGGAAUGGAGGACACUCCGGAGUGACCAACAAAGAUAUCGAGGUAGCUACAGCCCUUUUCGCCUUUCACCUUAUCCAGGAAUUCGUGUCUGUCGUCUUCGGGUUGGACCUCCGCUUCUCCGACUUUCAUUUCUCAUUAUUUGUAUAGAACUUCCUCAAUACACAGCUCAUUGAAGGUGAAUCUCAUGGCGUAUUCUCAUGAACGCGAUUUCUUGUUUUGUGACCUUUGCGGAACAAUGCUAUCUAUGAAAUCAACUAAACACGCUAAAUGCCCUCAAUGCAAGUUUGAGCGCAGUAUGAAAGAGAUUUGUAACAGAGAAAUAUCUUAUGUAAUCACAACUGAGGAUAUCAGAAUGGAGCUGGGUAUCUCGCUGAUUCGUGACCAGGAAGUACAAUUAUCAAAGGUGAAAAAGAAGUGUGAAAAAUGCUAUAAUGAUGAGGCUGAGUUUUGGACUAUGCAGAUGAGAUCAGCAGAUGAAGGGCAGACUACAUUUUAUCGCUGUACCAAAUGCGGCCAUAAGUAUUCAGAGAAUUAAGUUUGUACCAAAUAUGAGAUUUCAGGACAGGCAUGAAUGUGGUUUACCUCUCCUCUGGCAUCAAUGAGAAAUACCCUUCAUUGAAGUGGCCUGCCCUUUCUCUCCCUGUCCUGUUUACUCUAUGAUCUGUUAACUGUUAGCUGUGUAUGAAAAUAUGUUUAUUGAUCAUUGUUCUUCCUA